AUGACAGCAAAGCUCAAGAUCCUGUUUGGCUUCUAUCAGAUCUGCACCGUCCUCUCCUCCACCUACUCCGCGCGGCUGCCGGACAAGUACACGGGCUGGACGGACAACUUGGCCAACGUGAUCUCCAUCGACUGGUCUGGCUUUUUCCUGCCGGAGCAGUGCCUCGGCUACGCUCUGCGGCUCCUCGCCAUCGCCCUCUCCCCCGCGGCCCUCGGCCUCCUCGACCUCACGCCGGCGGGCCUCGUGCUCGUCUUCUGCUUCGCCUACACGAUCUCUCCGCCCGGCGAGGAGCUAGAGCAGGUCUCCUACAUGCGGCAGGACGCGAGCGUCGAGUGCGGCUCCGACGAUCACGGACCCAUCACCGCCCUCGCCACCGGCUUCAUCGUCCUCUGGCCCGCCGGCUCGCUGGUCCUCUUCACGUCGCUCCUCGCCGCUUGCUACAAGCCGCUGCAGGCCAAGACGCCGAAUGCUCUGACGCGGGCCACCGCCUUCCUUCACCGGGAGUACGAGACGACCUGGUACUGGUGGGAGGCGGUCGAGCUGGCGCGCAAGCUCGUGCUGACUGGCUUCGUGCUUCUAAUACCGGAGGAGCGCGCCUUUGUUCGCCUCGUGGUGGCGACGCUCAUCUGCUCAUGCUACGCCGUCGCACUCGCCGUCGUGCGGCCGUACAAGCGGGUCGAGGACAACGUGCUCGCCGUCGCCACGAGCCUCGUGCUCCUCCUCCUCUUCCUCGGCACCAACUGGAGCACCAUCUUCCUCGGCAUCCAGGAGCGGUACCAGGGAGUAGAUCCCGCCGAUGUCCUCGGCUUCCGCAGCCUCAAUGUGAUUGUCGACUCGAUGAUCAUCCUCGUUGCAGUCGUGCUCGCCUUCUUCCUCGUCGGCGCCAUCGUCGCCGCCCGUCGCGUCGCCAAGAUCCCCACGAUCCGACUCGUCUCGACCAAGCAGCCCCCCGAGCUGAGCAUCGUGAGGGGCCUCACGUGGCACCUCUUCAACAGCCACAUCUGGUCGACCGGUCAAGACGCCGUCAAGGUCAUCAAGGGUGAGCUCGAGCAGCUGCUGCCGAACAUCAAAGUAGAUGAUCUCAAGGAUAUCGGGGCGCUGGAGGAGUACAUCCAGAGCUCGCAGAACUGCCUCCGCGAGGUCCGCUCGUCGCUCGAGAAGGACAAGCCGCUCGUCCUCGUCCAAGAAGCGGACCCUGAAAAGGGCGGCGGGACGCUCCAGGCGCUGCGCGACGAGUGCCCCGAGGACCUGCAGCCGGCCAUCUUUGACAACGACUGGCCGCUCACGAUUUGGUAUCGCAUCGAUGAGUUUCAGCUCAUCUCCCUCAAGAUCAUCGCCGAGGCGCCGCCGGCCACAGCCAGCUCCGCGGUGCUCCUCUGCUCGCCCAACUUUCUGGACAGGACCUCCCUUCCGCUCUGCGUGUCGGGUGAGCUCGAGAGCCAGUCGCUCGCCUUUUCCAAACCGUGCACGCUCUGGGCCUCGCCAGCCAACGCGGGGUCGCUGGCGCUGGCCGAUGAGAUCGCCGCCGCCUUUGCCCCAGAUCGUGAGACCGCCGGUCUCACGAUCUGCACCACCGAUGAUCGGCCGGCCAGCGCGACGCACUUGCUGCUCUACCUCAACGAGGACAGCUUCGUCAGCGACGAGCGGCUGGCCGAGCAGGUCAAGCAGGCGCGGGAGGACAAGCUGAAGAUCGUCAUGGCGCACGAGAACGACCCCGCGCUCGGCGGCUGCCAGUUCUCGAGGUUUUUCGAAGUCACGCCGCAGGAGCUCAUCGCCGGCGGACUCUACAAGGACCUGGCAAAAUCCUGCUUCCCCGGCCACCACCGCAAGGUGUCGCUCGUCCUUCUGGCAAAGAGCCUAGGCGCGACCCCCGCUCGGUCGCGGGCGGGCCUCCUCGCUUCAGGCAGCGUCGUUGAGGGCAGCACCAGUCUCGCGAUGCGCAGCCUUGGCGGACUCAGCCGGGUGUUCGCCAAGAUGAGCAGCCGCAGCUCUGCGGAGGCGCGCGAGGUCUCUGGAGGCGAGGCGUCGUCGGUGCAGCAGCAGGUCUGAUCGGUUGCGCGAUGUCGUGCGCAAAACGUGCGGCGCGGCGAUGACCUGCAAACACGGGACGAUUAGUAGAGCUAGCUCGCACAUGGAGCAUCCGUGGGAUGUUGUGCGCGGCAUUCACAUUGCGUUGGAGGGAGGGGGGGGAGGGGGGGGAGUCACAUGUACAUGUACAUGUUGUUGUGCAUGUGCAUGUCACGUGCACGGGCAGUCCGGAUGGAGAUUUUAUGAUUUGCGUCGUGGGACGUGGGGUUCCACUUCCAGCUCUUUCGUCCUGC